AGAGCUAUAAAUAGUGAAGAAUGGAAAGCAUCUUCAAUAUACUCAAUUCUUCACUCUUCAUAUCCACAAUAUAUUCAAAGUUUUUAUUUAUCAGCAUGGCUCGUUCUCCAGUUCCGGUGCUUGCUCUGUUUCUGAUUGCUUUCAUCAUUACACUUACUGUUGAGGUGAAAGCAUCGCGAGAUUUGCCCGUCGAAAUUGCAGCGAUGGAGCAAAGGGUGGCUAUUGUUGGUGAUAUAGUUACUUGUCUGAAAAGAUGCAAUGUUCAAAGUGAUUGUAGCGAUGGGUGGCUGUGUAGUGAUUGUGCACCAGAUGCUUUGGGUUCUGGUUACCAUUGUGACAAAUUUACAGCUAAUGGUCAAGGAUAUUUUGCAACUACCUUACAAGCCCGUUACAAGCAAACUGUUUGAUGAGUAUUGCUGGCUGCAAAAUGCAAAUUACUAUCAAGUGUGUUUGUGUGCUUGAGGUUGUCUGAGUCUUGUUGUGCUUUCAGAAAUAAUGUAAUAUAGUGACUUUUCAUUUCAAGAGAAGAGAUUGGUUGCGUAAAACUAACUAAUCUCUUUUCUAGGGAUCU